GUAAGGACCCCUCUAUUCCAACCCAGCGUUUCGGUCGCGGCUGUUGGAAUGAGUGAGGGAUUUGAUCGAUUAUCAUGGAGUUUACGGAUAUUCUUGAUUCUCUGGAGGACCUGGGGUACCAGGGUCCAAUCCUAGAGGAUGGAGCUCUUGAGACAUGCGUGACUGGUGGUGCUGCAUCGCCCGAGUUCACUAAACUAUGUGCCUGGCUCGUUUCUGAGCUGAAGCUGUAUUGCAAACUAGAAGAAAAUGUUCACUCAACCAACUGUCCUAGUGAGGCCGAGGGGUUUCAGCUGGAAAUGAGUGGUCUUCUAGCCGAGCUGUCCUGUCCAUAUCCCACUCUAAUAACUGGAGACGUCACCAAGCGUCUGCUAAAUGCAAACAACUGCCUGUUACUGCUAGGUUUCUUCCUCUCAGAGCUCCAAGCAUCCAGGAUGAUCCUCAUAAACCAGCCUCAGAAGAAGGUGCAGGAGACCGGUGGCAGUAAAGCCUUCAUGGAACUGAAGGGCAUAUGCAUGGGUCUGGGAAUGUCCAAACCUCCGGCCAACAUCACAAUGUUCCAGUUUUUCAGUGGCAUUGAGAAAAAACUGAAAGAAGCUUUGUCCAAGGUCCCUCCAUCUCAUGUAGGGGCGCCUUUACUGAAGAAACCACUAGGCCCAGUUCACUGUGAGAAAAUCGAAGCAAUAAAUCAAGCACUUGUGAAUGAGUAUGAAGUAAGAAGGAAAAUGUUGUUGAAGCGUAUAGAUGUGACGGUUCAGUCGUUUGGCUGGUCAGAAAAAGCCAAGACAAAUGCAGAGAAGCUUGCUAAAGUUUACCAGCCUCUUCGUACAGCCUUGGCCACCAAGACAAGAGUCUCAGUGGCUCAUCUGUUUGCUGCUAGAGAAGAUUUAUCAAAGAUUCUAAGAACCAGUAGCGGACAGAACAGGGAGAAGACAGCCUGUGCCAUUAACAAGGUCCGGAUGGGUCGCGUGCCUGAUCGAGGAGGGAGACCCAACGAGAUCGAACCUCCACCUCCAGAGAUGCCCACAUGGCAGAAACGCCAAGACGGUCCACAAGGGGGCGGCGGAGGGCAGUUCUACUCUGGUGGCAGUGGGGGAAGAGGUGGAGGACGGGGAGGCUACGACCAGCAGCAUGGUGCCCGAGGAGGCCACGAAAGAGGAGGCCACGAAAGAGGAGGCCACGAAAGAGGAAGUGGACGAGGUGGCAGAGGAGACCACCGUGGGGGAAAAGUACAAGGAUACCAGGAUGGUGGCUUUCAAGGAGGUUAUGGAGGAGGAGGCUACCAUGGUGGGCAGCAGGGAUCGGGAUACCAAGGAGGUCAGCAAGGUCCAGGAGGUGGAGGAUUAGGAGGAGGAGGGGGGAGUUACCAACACGAAAGCUAUAACCAGGAUGGAGGGCGAAACCAGGAGAGGGGUGGCAGGGGUGGUCGUGGGGGUAGAGGGAGGGGAGUAGGACGAGGUGGUCAGGGAGGGGGAUGGGGUGGAAGAGGAGGGCAGAAUUUUAACCAGGGGGGGCAGUUUGAGCAGUUCUUUCAGCAAGGUGGACAACAUUAUAACCAGGCGGGCUUCGGGCAGGGAAGACAAUUUACUAGCUGAAAUAGGGAGUGGGUUACAGCUACAGCUUCAGAGAGGACAAUACUGUUCCUUGAGGGCAGGAGACCCAGCGAUACAGGCCUAGAGAUGAGAAUGGACGGCAUUACAUCCCAUAAUCUCCAUGGUGCAUCUGAGGUCUGCUUUACUGAGAUCUGCUUCAAAUGGACACAAUAUGCUUUUUUGCAUGUGUCGAUGGUCGAAACGGUUAUGCUUCCAACUGACCAUGUAAAAUACUUCACUUAUUUUGAAGUGUGUUUGCUGGGUUGCCAAAAAAGUCCCAGUAUGAACUGUUUUUUUUUUUCAUUUGCUUCCAUCCAGUCUACUGCCUGAAGUACACUGCCCCGAAUCUGACAAAGCCUUAUAUUUAAGGUAAUGGAAAAUGUUUUUGUUUUAUGACACCAUUUGUAUUGCAUUGCAUAAGUUCACAAGGUCCAUCCUAUUGAAUGUUCAGCACUUGAAUUUAUCCCUCAGUGGAAUUUUUGCUUAAUAUGGUUGGUUAAAUCAGCCCAUUGUUUGAGGUUUGUCUUUGUUUUCAGCCAGAAAUGCGCACAUGAAUGUUCAUUUGAUGAUAUGUGUGAUUGAUCAUAAUUUAAAAGGUUUUCUGCUUUUUUGGGAAAGACUGUACAGAUCAGCUUAAAGUUGAAAGUCGAUUUGAAUGAUUAAAUACGUCACAAAGAAGA